UUCGUGUGCAAGUUUUCGUAGCUAAACUUUCAUAUCUUUGUAUGUUCUUUGCAGUGGAAGUGCGCGCGACAUUCAGUGUAGAGCUUCCAGGAAGAGGAGCUUUGGUGUUUACUGUGGUCUGUCAGUUUCGAGUCGGUUCAACAGUUGGUAAUACGGUAUUGUUGUUCGGAGUUAGGCACAUACGCCCAGACAAUGGGUUUGUGAACGUUUGGAAGCCGUUCGUUUCUUGCGACGCAAUGAAACUUCUUGGGUUUGUGGAAGUGGUUAACCACCAACAUAAUGUACCGGUCAGCCGAUCCCGACACUCAACGUUGACUAUAUUCAGAGACAAAGAUGAGGCAGUAAUGUUAGUUCAGCAGCCAUCGAAUAAAAGAGGACAAAGAUACAAGGCUACCAUCACUUGGGAAAUGCUGUUCACAUCCAUGUUCAUCUCUGAUGCAGGAGGUUGAGAGUUACUCAGAGAAGCAAUUGCAGGUAAUAUUAUCAAGGUGUUCACCCAAUUUGUCUCUCAAGGGAAAGUAACAAUUAGAAUGAAGGAACCACCUCAUGAACUGAGAUUACAGAAUGAACCUGUGCAGUUGAUGAGUUUCUUGAAAUUUCUAAAGAAUUGUUCUGGACCAGCAGUAUCAACAUUGCCAGCUGUUCCAGACAACCCAAAAUUUACAAAAGGACCUCCAACAACAGUGGUCAUAAAUUCUAUGAAGGAUUAUGGAAAGCUUGACAAAUUGUCCCUUAAUACUGAGAGGUUGCAGAUUUCCAAUAUUAAAAUUUCAGAAUUACCACGUUCUGUUGCACGACUGAAGAAAUUAAAUCUUCUAGAAGUCAAUGAUACUAAUUUAUCAGCUGUUCCACCAUUCAUAAAGACUCUCCCGAAUUUAAUGGAAUUGGUUCUUCCAAACAAUAAUUUGCGUACUAAUGACCUGAAUGUCAUUAUUGAAAGCGCCUCUCUAAAGACCAAUCUCAGACUACUGGAUCUGCGGCAUAAUAAGAUUGCAGUAUUACCUAAUGAAAUUCAUCGCCUUCAGGCACUUGUUACUCUCAGACUGGACCAUAAUGAACUCAAUACAAUUCCACAUACCAUAUCGAAUUUGAAGAAUUUGAGGUGCCUCUCUCUCAGUGAUAACAUCAUCAUAUCAUAUCCAUAUUCAGUCCGUUUUUUGAGACAUGUAGCAUUUGAUGUAUCAAACAAUAAACACGUUUUUCCGGGUCCUUUACCUCAUGACACGGAUUGGAGCCGAGCAAUUAGAAGUGAGAAGGAACUUACUCUGGCACGCUAUACGGGAAUGCACAGCCUUAAGGAACUAGCAAGCAGAGUUCUGUUCGAUAAAAGGUUGGAUUUUACAGAAUUUGGAUUGCCACUAGCGCUUCAGAGACACUUACAAUGUUUCAAAAUGUGCCACCUGUGUCAUAAGGCAUGUUUUGAUGAAUAUUUUAUUUUCUUUGAAUGUAUUCCUCUGAAAUUCUGUGUGGCAGCUUUAGUUUCAUCUGUGCCGGGUAUGACUGUACAUUAUUAUAUUUGUUCGCUCAAAUGUAUGUUGCUUGCAUAUCCAAAACUUAACAAACAUUCUCAAGCAGGGCUGCGUUAUGUGAGUUACACAAAGUAUUGUCAGUGUGAAAAGUAAGAAUCUAAAUAAUGAAGAUUAUAUAGUUCCUCUUAAAGCAUAAGGUGUCUCAUAUGCAUACAAUGCAGUUGAUCAUAGAACUGAUUGUCGAAUAUAAGUUGUCAACAAGAAACUUUCAAUUUUCUAAUAAAGUAAGCUUCCCUGUCUGUUA